AGAGUAGGCAAAGAGAGGGAAAAAAAAAAAGAGAAGAAUUAAUAGUGUUGCAGCCAGCACAAGAUGAAUUGCCAGGAAAAAAAAGUGCCCUCCAAUGAAUUCAUCAACAAUGCUGGCCCUGGGGCUGGAGGUCGCAAUACCGGCAAAGGAGCCGGAUGUAUCAACCGCAAUAAGAAGGGCGGAAAAAUCGGCCGAGCCCCCGUCGAGGUGAAACUGAGUGCGACAAACCCACCGGUUAAGACAACUCUCAACAGCGGUCCCGGUGCCGGGGGUGACAAUGGAGGCGAGGCCGCUGGAUGUAUCAACGACAAUGAAGGAGAAAUCAAUCUCUAAUUAAUCCUAGCAACAUAAUUAUCAUAAGCUAGUACAUGACUCUCUUGAGGCCUAGAGAUAAUAAAUAAAUAAUUGCUUCAGCGCUGCUUCCAUGGAUGAUAUGCGAGCAGCUUACGUACACCCCAGGCCAAAUGAGUAUGUUUUGUGAAAAAAAUAUAUGUUUGUAAUGUAUUUUAUGAGUGAUAAUAUAUGGUACUUGUUUAG